AUGUGUAAACGUUUCGAUGAGGGUUUGAAUGAAGAAAUUAAGCUGUUGAUUGGAAUUCUUGAGAUACUAGAAUUCGCUGCCUUAGCUGAUCGGGCUAAGAAGGCCGAAGGGGUUAACAAUGAAAGGAAGCAAGCCAAGAGAGAGGCUCGAGUAUCAAGUAAGAGGACUAGUACGAAGGCGCAUUCUUUUCCUAUAAAGAAAUCAAGGAGUCGCCAAGACCGCUCCACUUCAUCAGUGGGAUACUCAGGCAAUGCAAAGAGUUCCAAGCGCCAUAACCCAAAGUCUUCUUAUCUUUCAGCCACAAAUAUGGGAAGCGUUGAUGAUCAAAGACCGAAAGAUUGCCCGGAAAGAUCGAAUAGAGAAGUUGAGCUAGCUCCGAAAUCAAUUGCUCUUAAUUCUCGGAGUAGACCUCCUAGACCUCCCGAAAGUGCUAGUGAUAGUCGAACAGUUUCCAGAAACUCCACUGCAAAAUCAGAGGCUCGAGCUCUAGCAAGAACCUAUGCGAUCCGUGCUCGAGAGGAGGCCUCUGCUCCUGAUGUCAUAACGGGUAUAUUUUCUCUUUAUAAUACUCGUGUUAUUGCUUUGAUCGAUCCGGGGCCGACCUAUUCAUACAUCUAUAUGAAAUUGGCGUCUAGUAUGAACUUGUUUAUAGAACUCACUAAAUUUGUAAUUAGAGUGUCGAACCCUCUAGGCAAGUCUAUCUUGGUAGAUAAAGUUUGUAAGAAUUGUCCCUUGACGAUUCAAGGCCAUUGGUUUCCGGCCCACCUUAUGCUCUUGCCUUUUGAUGAGUUCGACGUAAUUCUUGGCAUGGACUGGUUGACCAUUCAUGACGUGGUUGUAAAUUGUGGUAGCAAGUAUGUUGAAUUGACGUGUCCUAAUGGUGAGACUCUCUGA